AAAAACCACGGUGUUCUGUUUCAGAAUUUUUUAUGAUAUUUUACUACUUAUUUCAGUGGACUUCGUUUUUCCCUAAUUAUAAAAAAUAGUUGUUUUUUUGCGGUGCGAUUUCUAAGGUCCCCUUAGCAUUAUGUUAUCGGGAGUAGCCCCCUAUACUCAUUUGCUCAGGUUAUUUUGUCUUAUUUGCUUUCAUCUUGUGUUAUGUGGAGGAGUAGAUGAACCUCUCGAUUUCAAGCUGACUUUUUUUGUUGAAGCCGGUAAAGAAGAGUGUUUCUUCCAAGAGUUUGCAGUGAAUCAAAAUAUAGAUCUUGAAUACCAGGUUCUAGAGGGAGGUCAAGGUGAGCUAGAUAUCAAUUUCAAAUUGAUAACACCUAGUGGUCAAGUAAUCCAUCAUGACUAUAAACAAGAAGAAAACAGUUAUACGUUCUCAGUGAAGGAGGCAGGCAUCCAUCAGUUCUGCUGGGAUAAUUCAAUCAGCAUGUUCAACAGGAAAACUGUUUUCUUUGAAAUUUACCAUGAAAAUUGGUCGGGCGAAAGUUUGCAGCUCACGCCGGAAGAAGAAUACGACCUUAAGGCUGACAAUAUUGCGGAUAUGCUACAUCAGAUUCAGACCCAUCUGCUCAAAAUCCGCCAUAUUCAAGAAUUAUUCCGAGCAUCAGAGGCUAGGGACAGAAAUUUGGCUGAAAGGAAUUUCUCACGCAUCAAUAACUGGUCCUUGUUCCAGAUUACAGUCAUGUUAUUUGUUGGAGUGUGUCAGGUUAUCCUAGUCAAAGGCUUUCUCGAUGAAAAAUCCAAAGUCAACAACCUCUGGAAAUCGCUUUUGAGACUCAAAUAAAUGGACCUUUGCUGGAUUCUCUUGCAAAGUUAUGGGAGUUUUCUUCAGACAGUAAACCUCGUUUACUGUAAAUCGUAGAGGCCAAUCUUAUUCAUCUCUCGUCAACAUCAGCCGCAGGAGAAGUCUUCCUCCCUACCUGUUGAAGGAGAGGUUUUUCAUGAACCCUGUGAAAAGAUUCCUAUCGUUAAAAAUGAGAUAAGUGCCUUAUGCGUUUAUAAUUUUCUUUUUUCAUGUUACCAAUUUUAGAGAUGAUUGUUACCAUUAUGUCAAGAGCUACUUUUGCAAUUUCUCUUCUCGGUCAACGUAUAGUUCUCCUUUCAUGACUGCUCUAGUUUGAGAAUGAAUCCUAUUUUUUCCAUAUCUCUCACAUUUGUUCAUGUUAGGCAGCAUUCAAAUGUUGAAAUUCAAGAGAACAGGAAUAUUUUUCUCUAUGGAUGAUAGGCAGUCAAUUCUACGAGAUUGUGGUAGGUAUCUAAUUGAUGUAUUCCUUUUUAACUAUCAAAAUUGUAACUGAGAUAAACUCUCUCUAAGAUCAAGAGAAAUCACCAAUCAAAAAUCAGAAUUUUCAAUUAUUUUCCAAGAUUCUUGCUUUGACUGAAUAUUUUCUCAGGAGAAGAAUAUGCAAAAAAAAAAAUGGCAACAGUUUGUUCUAGAUGAGCAAGAAUUUUUCAUGAAGACAUGCGGACCAGACAGUCAGAAUUUAAAUACUUUUAGCUGAGAGAAGCGUCAAAGGGCCGUCGUGACGUUUCAGUAUUUCCUCUCAGUUUUCGAAUUAAGGGUGCCUCGGAAAGUUUUUGAAUACAUUAAGUAGAGGUCUAUCUUCAAUUGCUUAGUCUUUAAAUUAUUAUUAUCAUUUUUUUAAUUUUAAAAUUCAGGGCACAAGGCUGGUAUUUCCAUACCCUCCCUGUAACCUAGUACAAAGGAGGAUCCUUUUUAAAUUUUUUUUAAUAGAACAAUUUUUUUUAAAAUUCUAAAGUCCUUGAAUUUAAGGGCUUUCGAUGUACGCACUUGAUUGUUCUCAGAUUUUACAUCAUCUAGUCAUUGGGUAUGUUUAUGACUGUUUCAAAAGAGCAAUUUUUUUUUUUUUUGUGAUAGAGACCUCUAAAAUAUCGAAAAGAAAUGUCCGUUCAUCGUACGUUUGCCCUUUUAAGUAGGUUGCAGAAAGAAAAGGAAAUAUUAAUUUAUUUCAGGCAUUCCCUAAGACUUCUGAAAUAUCUCUGUGAAACCUGAAAUUUUUUUUCCAAGCUAGGGAAAAUAUUUAUGUUUUCUUUAAGAACUCCUUAAUGAGUCCUGUACAGCUGCCAUGAACAUAGAGUUCAUUUUAUGAAGGGAACCAAGCAACUAAUCUGCACGGAACUUUAGUUUGAUUUUUUCAAGUAGCAAAGCAAUUUUGGAUACAAUUUUUACUCCGUUAGGACAAUUAGUUUUGAUUUUUGAAAAAUGGAUCAGGAAAUACUGCCAAUAAUAAAAAUUAGAGGUUAUAUAGGAGCUUCAAAUCAAUGGAUAAAUGCAAAAAAUGCAUAUCUCAAUCGCAGCGUUUAAAAAUCUUAGAUUGUGUUUUAUUAUUCAUAAUGAAAACUAAUUCAGAUGCUUCCUUGCAACUUCAUGCAGAUUUUCUAGAAUGAGUGAAGAAAAUUCACCAAAAAUUUCAUUAUAAAUUUUCUGCUGUUUUCCUGUAAAAGAAUGCAACAUGAGUGGAGACUUACAACUUCGCAAUUUGAAAUUCCUAUUUUUUUACACUAGCCAUUGAACUGAAUUUUAAUGAAAAACAAAGCUUUCAAGUCUCUGGAGUAAGUCUAAUUAAGUUUAGAGCCCCUGCAGUUGGACUUAAUGGAAAUCUUUUGUAAACAAAUUGGAUACUUCUUUUACUAUUUGUUGAGAAAAGCACAAAUUUGUAUAUUGGUCAAAUACUUUUCGCACUUGUGCGAAAGUUUUCCUUUGUUUUCCUACCAUUAACAUUGUUUGUAAAAAAAAAAGAGCACAAAUCCGGCAGUCAUAAUUUAUUUUUUCUUGAUCUUGUGUCAGAAACUUUGAGAGUCAUAAUUGGACAUAUUUCUAUCAAACAGAACUAUGUGCAUCAUGACGUGAGCCCUGCUACGCGUGUAUUCUUAAGGGUCUCAGGGCUCAUGUCUUAAUGCACAUAGUUCCGUUUGAUAGAAAUACAUCCAAUUCAGUUUCUAAUCAACUAGCAAGACCUCUUUGUAAGACUCUAGUCUAUACCUUUAAGCAUCAUAAUCAUUGUCUAAAUCAUCAAGAUUUUAGUUUGGUCUUCUUUUGAAUUCCUUGUGACAUGCUACUAUUUUAUUUUUGUUUUAUGGUUUUUAGUUUUGUAUUAAAUGUGUGCCGGCUGUUCUGUUUUGAAAAUAUCUUAUGACUGUUUGUUGUACAUUUGAAUUUCGGUGUUCAUGUACUGUGAUGCAAUCUGUUCAAACUGCCCUGAACUUGUAGUGAGGAAACCAACGCGCAUCAGAUCGAGGAGAAGAGGUUCGAACCUUUAUUUCUUCUUGAGACCUGGCGUUGGAAAGGAGGGUUUUGUUUCAUUCUUACAAUUCAAUUUUUUUUUUUUGCUCAUUUUUAACAGAAAAAAUUACUACCUUCUGUACAACUUGACAACCAAUCAGAGCAAAGAAUUCGAGAUUAAAACCUGUAAAAGGCAAUCGAGCCUACCCAAACAGAGGCCUGGCUCCACUCUUGAAUGACACCCAUCAUGGCCACAUUUUUUUUUUUUUUUUUUGCCUUCCUGCAAUUUAGGUUUUUGAUUUAUUAAAAAAUUCAGCAACUUUGAGAUACACGGCCACAUAGUUGCGGACACGAGUGUUGAUAGAAGACAUGAGAACUCAUGACAUCUUCUGAAUGUAUAUGUACAAUUGUACAUACCUUUAGCCCCAGUGCACUUUUACAAAUUUUAAAUCAGUGAAAAUGUUCUGCUCCAAUCGAAGAUUCAGCCUCAGCUCAUAAUUUUGAUGAGACUUGGUCCAAAGGUCUUGCUGAUAUCUCAAUGUUACACCUUUUUACGCAUGCUGCCCAUGUCCUCAUCCACAUCUUACAUAAAUUUAAUAGAGUGCAUAAAAAGGUGGCAUAUUAGGAUAUCAGCAUGAAUGUUGGACCAAGUCUCAUCAAAAUUUUGAGCAGAGCACGAAUUCAAGUGGAGGCACCAAAUUUUUGCCGAUUUAAAAAUUGCAAAAAUGCAGGUAUGUAUAUGUGUCCAUGAGAAAUCGCAAGCCGUAGUGUCUUCGAUUGUUCAUAUCAGUGCGCCCGUUACAGGUGUCAUUCUGGGGUGGCGCCAGACCUUGGUUUGGGUUAGCACAAUUGCUGUUUGCUGGUUUUAAUCUCGAAUUUUUGUCCCGAUUAGUUGCCGGCGAGUAUAGCUAAGAUCAGAACUGUUCUGUGAUUGCUCUCCUCCAACAUGUCGGUCAGGUCCCCUCACUUUGACUUGGUUCAUUUGAAUUGUGUAGCAAUAUUUUUUUAACAAGUCAAUUCUACGUCAAGAUUUUAAAAGAUUGACUACUCUGCUAUGCUUCAAAGUUUAAAUGAAUGGACUUCAGUUUCAAGAAAGUGGCAAUCAAGAGCAUAGCAAAACGUGUACUCAAUUGUUUUGUGCAUUUUCCCAAACGGUGGAUUAUACACUUUGAUUUGCACUUUACUUAAGAUGGCUAUAUUUUUAAAUUCACUUUAGGUUAAGGAAAAGAAUAAAGAUACUGUCCCAAACUGCAAAUAGUGCGCAUGUAUCCAUUUUUUAUUAACUUGAGAUGCAUGAAAGAGUCUUUGGCAUUAAAAAUGGCAGGUUUCAAUCGAUUAAUUAUUUGUUCUUUUUUUAAAAAAAAAAAUUAUCACAGAAAGUUCAGGACAGGUUUUACUGGUCGCAUCUCAUACAUUGAUAGUGAAACUAGGAAAACUUACACUUUUAUUGAAGCUGUCAAAAUUUCAGCUUAUAUUUUAUUUCUUGAAGCAAUAUUCUGCAAUACUUUGGCAUGAAAAACUCUGAGGAGAGUGUAGAAGAAAGCACACAAAAAAAAUAAUUCAAAAUUUUGUGCAGUAACAAUAAUUGGUCACCCUUCAAGAAUGAAGAUUUGUUGGCAGUGUAGUUUCUGUUGGAAGUCUACUAUGUCAUAAGUGUAAAUAAUGUUUUUGGAGUUUUACUAUCAAUUUUUUCUCAAAAUAUAGAUGUAAUUAUGUAUGUAAUAGAAUAUAAUAUACAAAUUAAGUUAGUCAUAAACUUAUGAAGUGACAAGAAUGCACUACCUACAUAUAAGUUUAGUAAGGAUAAAAAACGCAUACAAAAAGGUUGAACAAGGCUAAAAAGUUCAAACUUUUAAAGUUUUUGGCCUUUAAAACAUCUGAAUUUCAUAUCCUUGCUUACCCAUUUUUUGUGUGCUUUUUAUUUGUGCCACAUUUUGGGCUUUUGUUUAAGUUUAGUAAUCAAUACUUCAUCGCACAUUUGUGAUUUAAGUCUGUAAGGUUUCAUGAUCUCUUUGGAAAUAUUAGUUUUGUAUUUACUUUACUUGAAGUUCCUGUGUGAUUCACAGGGUGAUCCAAAAGUCCACAUAUAAUCUCUAGGGACCUUGCUCCUCUUCAGAAAAGUCCUCUAAAAUUUUUGGGGAUCCCAAAAGUCGUUUCCUUCGACUUAGAAGCAUUCGCAAAAUUUCAAGUCUCCAUCUCAAUUUGUUCAAAAGUUGUAGGGGUGAUACCCAGAGCAGGUAGUGUGGGAUUUUUGGAUCACCCUGUAUAAUCAAGAAAUUACAAAAGAGCCCAGUUUCUAUCAAUAGCACAGAAGGUUUUCUAGCCCUUUAUUCAGCUUCUGGAAACUAAGAAGGUUUUAGAAUUUUGAAAAGUUUGAUUUUUCAUCAGAAUAAGGAGCUGCUCUCAAAGAAAUAGCUGGAGGAAAAUACCAUGUGGCGAAUGAUACAUCAUUGGAACUUCAACCAAUAUCGAUGAAUUUAGUAUCUCUCUAAAAUGAAAAUUUAAUCUAAUGAGCAAUUCCACUUGGCAAUACUUAAGUUUAAACUUACCUCCUUAAUUUAUCUACUAGGUUCAUUAAAUCGUGAAUAUUUCCUCAUAAGUGGCUCCUGUCAUGCGAAAUUCAAAAUUAAGAUUUUCCGAUUUGUUUAUUUUGUUUGUUUUUAGAGUGUUUUGUGAACAUAUUGACACAGAAAAGCACCCAAGAUUUGCCACCAAGCAAGAGUAAUGACGAAUUCAAAAUUGCAGUGUAGAAGAAAAGGUUUAGGUUUAAACUCCUUUGUUUGGGGCUUAAAAUUGCUGGACAGGGUGUCUACAGGUCUGAGAAACCAGGAAUUGUUAGGGAAUUUCAUCCAGUCGAGAAAAUCAGGGAUGAGUCAGGGAAUAUAAUGUAAAAGACUAGAAAAAACCAAUCAAAAGCUGAUUUUUGAGUUGACGCAGCAAGGCAAAGUGUGAAGCUGAGUUCAGUUAAUCAGCAAAUGCCAUUUCCCUUAUCUGGCUGCAUUGUCAAAAAUAUAGUUUCAAACCGUUCCCAUUUUCAGCAUUUUCACAACAAGGGUUCCUCGCCAUUUAGAGUUGAAAAAAUUCGGAAAAAUUCCUAGUAGCUUAGCUUACUCCAUACUACCAGAAAUUGAAGUUUAAAAAAAAUGUUGACCCAUUCCAGUUUUAGUCAAUAUCAAUUAAUUAAUACCUAAAGAAAAAAGGUUCACUUAUUUUUGUCAUUUGCAGUAUUGUGAAUGCCAAAAAUUUUUCAUUUUCAGUUCUAUGUGACAAAUUUUCUAAGUCAGGAGUCAGGGAAAGAUUAUUUUGGAAAGAGAAAACCCGAGAAGGUGGAAGAAUUUUUUCUGCCGUAGACACCCUAUUUAAUUACACGGCAAUAUUGCUCUUCUUAUUGACACCUGUUUAGUAAGCUGAUCACAGUUAAUUAAUCAUCAUACUGCAGAGAUUUCUCCUUUAAGUUCAAAUUCUGAUUUUUCCACUCAACGAGACGAAAAUAACUCUCUGGAUGACCUCAUCUCGGUACCCUAAGGUCAUCUCCUCUCCAGAUGAUUGCAUUUUUUCAAUUUUUCGGCCAUGUUCACACGUGUGCGGCUCAUGGAACUUCGGGCAAACCUGUUACAGGAACUUCUUAUAACUCAACCAUAACUUGUUUCUCGAACUUAGUAUAACUCAACUAUUACUUGUUCCUUGAGCUCCCAAGCUCGUAGCACUAAUGUGCUCCUGUGGACAAGGCCUUCUAUUACCCAUUACUUAGAUUUUUUUCAUCAUGUAGAACUUAUUCUGUCCCUUAUGCUUGGGAGUCUUCAUGGCUUUUAAGGUCCAAACAAUUUUUUAUUUUUUUUUGUAAAAUGAUUUUAAGCCCUUGGUUUUUUCUAAAAUCUUCUUCUCCAAGAAGAGAGUACAAUGCUGUUACGAAAAUCUACUUUCCGGUUGUCGCACCAGUUAAAGGAAAAUUUAGACCUGAAGUUAAGUAACAGGCAGAGGCCUGCAACCAGAUGAGGUCUAAACUAGAAAAAAGAACUUAAAUGUUUUUUUUAUUAAAAAUCUCGCCUAGAAAACGCUUCACACAAACGGUACUUUGUUUUUCAUUUGUUUCAUAAUCAGACAAAAUAAGUUCAAACAAUAAACGAACCCAAUUUAAAAUUA